ACGGUGUGGUGCAGGAUCUGGUCAGGUGUGGUCUACAGCAGAGUACAGUUGAGCAGCUGGCCGUCCCUACAACAUUAGGAAAAUCUGCUCUCAGACAGCUGCACAUGAAAGGACAUUCAUACAGCUGGAGGUCCUGAGACACAGACCACAUCUAUUCAUAUCUGUGAUGGUGUGACUUACUAUACCAGCUGACACCGAUUUUUCUGAAAGAAGAUGAAUAUUCUCAGCAUUGUGUUUGUGUUGACUGUAGCGCUGAAUAUAUGUUUAGGGUUCAUUCUUCAGAUGUCUAAGGUCCAGGUGUUUCCUCAGGACAGCGUCGUCUUACCCUGCAAAAGUUCAGGGUUUCCCAAAGAAGAGCUAUAUUGGAAAGUGAUGGGCAAAGAUGUGGUCUCUCUCCAUGGAGGCAACAUCACAGUUACUCAGGGGUUUGAGGAUCGAGUGUUUCUCAUGGAUCCUGAUUUGUCUGAAGAUUUCUCCCUCAUUUUAAAAGAUGUGAUGUUUAAUGAUGGAGGAGUGUAUAAAUGUCUGUGGAUGAGACAGAUAACCAUUUGCUCAGUGCAUGUACAUGUGUUGAAACCUUUAGUUUUCCCUGUUUUCGCCACGGUGGGUGAAGAAGUCACAUUGAAGUGCUUUGGCCAUAUCUCAAAAAAUCAAGCAUGGGAAGAUCUAAACAUCCAGUGGUUUAAAGAUCACAGAGAAGUUCUGCGGUUGACGUCUGGAAAGAUAGAUGUUAAUGUUGAAAACAGCAGUAUGUCAUUGCCCUGCAGAGAAGAUCUGUCUCGAGGGAUCUUCUCAUUGACCAUCAGAUCUGUAAGAGAUCUGGAUCAGGGUGUUUAUCACUGCUGGUACAGGACCGCAGAUUAUGAGGAACCACGGAGUGGACUUCCAGAGUCACACACACUCACUGUUCUGGCUGUGUCUUCUGAAGUGUCGUCCACCACAGAUUCGAUCCUCAGUGUCAGCGACGGCUCUCAUACUCACACCAGCAGGUCUGUGUCAACAUUGAGAGCCGUUGCAAGCACUACGAGCGAAUCAUCCAGACCUGUAUCAACACAGACUAAUGUGAAGAGAAGUGAAACUGAACCCAUCACCACAGCGUCUGUGCAGACGUAUGCAGAGACUGCUGAAGCUGUGUCUUCUGAAGUGUCGUCCACCACAGAUUCGAUCCUCAGUGUCAGCGACGGUUCUCAUACUCACACCAGCAGGUCUGGGUCAACAUUGAGAGCCGUUGCGAACACUUUGAGCGAAUCAUCCAGACCUGUAUCAACACAGACUUAUGUGAAGAGAAGUGAAACUGAACCCAUCACCACAGCGUCUGCGCAGACGUCUGCAGAGAUAGCUAAAGCUGUGUCUUCUGAAGUGUCAUCCACCACAGAUUCGAUCCUCAGUUUCAGCGACAGUUCUCAUACUCACACCAGCAGGUCUGGGUUAACUUUGAGAGCCGUUGCAAACACUUCGAGCGAAUCAUCCAGACCUGUAUCAACACAGACUAAUGUGAAGAGAAGUGAAACUGAACCCAUCACCACAGCAUCUGCGCAGACGUAUGCAGAGACUGCUGAAGCUGUGUCGUCCACCACAGAUUCGAUCCUCAGUGUCAGCGACAGCUCUCAUACUCACACCAGCAGGUCUGUGUCAACUUUGACAGCCGUUGCGAACACUUUGAGCGAAUCAUCCAGACCUGUAUCAACACACGCGUAUGUGAAGAAAAGUGAAACUGAAUCUUUCACCACAGCAUCUGCGCAGACGUCUGCAGAGAUAGCUGAAGGUCGGUAUGGGCAUCUUAAGAUGCCAUUGGAUAAGAAGAUUCCCUGGAUUCUGAUUGGACUCAUCAGUGGAGUUUUGCUCAUCACAGCUGGAGUUUUGGUUUCACUCUUUAUAAUAAACUGAUUUGUUUUCAGUGUGCGAUGAAGAUUUUGAAAGGUUAUAAUUAGUUUAAAGUUCAUAUAUGCCCUCUUUGUAUCAUCUGUUGAGCAGUGUGGUUUAUUAUGUAUACCUGGAGUAUCAAAAAAAUCAAACUUUAUUUACUUUUAAACCUGUUGUUAAUCUUGAGCAAAGACUUUACUGAUGUUUAAGUAUUUGAUUUUCUGUAUUUACUGAAAACUCUUACAAGAGAUGAAUUACGAUAGGGAAAGUGUAUUACGGUGAGGCAGAACGUUUUAAUAACCAGCUAUCCUCUGAAAUGUAAGAUUCUUGUUUUAGAUUUUUAAAUUACAAAAUAGAUAAUAAAUUACACUAAAAUAAGUACAAACUUUUUGAAAAAGUUUUAUUUUUGGAAUGGGUGAUAUUUUGAUUAUUUCUUCUAAAUAUUCUUUCUUAUAAAAGUCAUUUAUUUAAUCUGUUCAAGCAUAAGAUUUGAAUUUGUCUUUUUAUGAGAUUUUAAUACUGCUCAGGGUUAAUGUAAAUACUUCAAACACUUCAAAUUUGUUUUAUAGCAGUUAUCGUUCAAAUAUACACUAUUAUGGGACGGUUUCCCUGACAGGGAUU